CAAGUCCCACCAAACUUUUGGAAAGACAAUGUACUACAUACAAUUGCGUGAUAAGCUCUGGUUCUCUUGCUUGCAAGGAUCCUACCGGUGUCACUACUGUCGUUCCAUUAAGUGAUCCUAGAAUUAAUAAU